CGAAACUGAGAACCGUGAGUUUGUGCCCUGAGCUGAAGACGCUCAACCGACUGAGCCAUGCAGGCGCCCCGCCCCUAAAAUAAUAUCUUAUGUCCUUAGUUUUACAGAAUAAGCUUUUUAGGGAAAAUAGACUUUUCUCAAAAUACAGAUUUAAGUUAACUUGAUAAUCAGUUUUUAGAUCUCUUUAGUAAGAAGUACAGGUUAACUGAGUGAAAAGUCUCCCUUCUCUAUAUGACCAGCCAUCCAGUAGCUCUCUCUGGAGGUCACGUUCAUCUCUUAAAGGUAGUUGAUUCAGGAUGAACAGAUAGGUUUAUCAGAGAGGCUAAAUGUGCUAUUUCUUGUCAGAAUUGCAAUUUUGAGAAACAGAACCCCUCAGAAGCUUUUUCGCCAGAUGUGGUCAGCGUGCUAACUCCUGCUGGCCCCGGCCUGCUGCUGGCGCUGGCUCGGAGCCUGCCGCCGAGCCCCUGCGCCAGCCGCGCCGCGGGUCUGGGGCCUGCAGCUCCCGGGUGUCCAUCUCGGGGUUGGUUUCUGUUAGAAGAGGAGCACAGAUGUCAUUGUCACAGUUGUAAACCAUUGUUGAUCCAGGAUACGUGCUGAUUUUUCUUUUCCUUAUUUGAGGGAAUGUGUGUGUGAGGGGGGAACAGGGCAGAGGGGGGAGAGCGUUUUAAGUAGGCUGCACACUCAGUGCAGGUCAGUGCAGGACCCGAUGGGCAGCUGGAUCUCCCCGCCCCGGGACCGGGACCUGAGCCAAAAUCAGGAGUCAGAUGCUCAACCCACUGAGCCACCCAGACGCCCCUUGUUCUGCUUUAUUUAGUAACUUACAUUUUUGUGUACCUCACCCAGUGUUUUGUUAAGAGGCUCCAUUGUCGGCAGUAACUCUGUUAGAUAGGCCAGCCAUUUACUGAAGUCUCAUGUUAUUUGCCAGAAUUAAUGGAGGGAACGUCAUCUGGUGCUGACAGAGGGGCCGGACUCCCUGCAGGUGCCCUGUUGGGGGACAGCUGACCACAAACUCAGAACGAAUCUGAAAUUGGCAAGCACUUUGAAGAGAAGAAGCAGUAGAACAAAGCACCAUCUUUUAAAGAAUGUGGCAGUUAAAGGAUGUCUCUGUGGUCUGCCUAUUUUGGGUUGUGAAGUUCACCAUUUAGUUUUUAGCUUAUCAGACAUCUGAGUCUGUACUAAUUCGGGUUCUGCUGAAGCUGCUUUAAUCGGUCACGGCGCUCGUAGGGUUGUCAUAGAUGUCUGUUUCCUGUUUUAGCCCGAUGUCUCAGGUGGAGAUUGCUCUGUUUGGGUGUAUAACAGGUGCGACACCACACACGUGACACCUCCGUGUGGGUGAGCCUGAGGCAUUUCAGGGUGGUCUCCUGGGACCCAUUAUCCCAUGUGAGCAUAGGUGGCGUGUGACUCGUACCAGCUUGCUGGCACUUGGGUCCCUGUCAGCAGAGUCGGUCAGCUCUAUGUCUUUCUGGGACGUAUAGUGCAUGGAGACAAACAAAUACCAAUCAUUUGCUUUCCUGAUUGUUAGAUUCAAAUGUAGCAAAAUAUCAGGGAAUAUUUAGAUGGUCAAGAGAGGAAAGAGGUCCUGAAUUCCAGAAUCAUGGAGUGAAAUUGGGAAUGGGCCUCAGUGGAUGGUUUUGCUUUAACCUUCUCCAGCACCCUGGGUGGGGCCUUGGCACCCAUCACAGAACCUCUUCUCUGUCUCCAUCUACUUCCAAGUAAACAUUUGUUUGGAAAGAGUAUUUAAGAUUUCUGGAGGAGACACUGACGACACCCCCCCGCCCAGGUCGCUCCUCUCCACUCCAGUGUUGCACUCAUCCUUGUGCCGGCCUGCUCUCCCCUGGCCGUCUUUGGGCAGAGGGACAUGGAUUCUUGGUCUGUUGGCCUUUCUUCUGCUUUCUAGGAUCUCUCCCCAAAGUUUGUUCUCCUGUAUUUUUUGGUGAUAGUUCACAUGGUCUAGUCGUGUCAUUCUAGACUGUUGCUGUCCUACUUAACACAGUGCCGACAUUUUGUAAAUGGACUUGUGGGUGUGGUUUAGGAGCUGCUGCUAAUGACUGGUGAUGGCCCGACGUCCCUGUUGGUGUGUUUAGGCUGGGACCUUUGACCGGUCAUGGCAGAGUAACUGCCUAAAAGCUACAGGUUGGCUUACUAAUCUGUUUUAGUGUUUCCCACCACCUCUUCAGAGUGAGCAGUUAGAUAUCUAGAGUUUCUUUUUCUUUUUCUCUUCGGGUAAGUAGUGAAAGUUUUCCUGCUACUUUAGACCGUAGGCGAUAACCAACUGUGCUCGCAGCUCUCAGUAAUAUUUGUUCUAUUGUUUUGUUUUGAGGUGGAAGGGGGAGCUCUGCCCUCAGAACAUGAGGGGUAAUAUUUACGUGGCUCACACAGACCAGCGAUGGAUCACUUGGAGUCCUUUAUUGCCGAGUGUGACCGGAGAACUGAGCUUGCCAAGAAGCGGCUGGCAGAGACACAGGAGGAGAUCAGUGCAGAAGUUUCUGCGAAGGCAGAAAAAGUACAUGAGUUGAAUGAAGAAAUAGGAAAGCUUCUUGCUAAAGCUGAGCAGCUGGGAGCUGAAGGAAAUGUUGAUGAAUCCCAGAAAAUUCUUAUGGAAGUGGAAAAAGUCCGUGCAAAGAAAAAAGAAGCUGAGGAAGAAUACAGAAAUUCCAUGCCCGCAUCCAGUUUUCAACAGCAGAAGCUGCGCGUCUGUGAGGUCUGCUCAGCCUACCUUGGUCUCCAUGACAACGACCGUCGCCUUGCAGACCACUUCGGGGGCAAGUUACACUUGGGAUUCAUUCAGAUCCGAGAGAAGCUUGAUCAGUUGAGGGUCUGGAUCAAGAACCAGAGAUCGCAGGAGGUCGCGCUCCCGGGACCGGCGUCGAAGGAGGUCAAGAUCUGCCUCCAGGGAGCGACGAAAAUCAUCCCGGUCCCGGUCCCGAGACAGACACCGGCGCCACCGCAGCCGUUCCCGGAGCCACAGCCGGGGCCACCGCCGGGCUUCCAGGGACCGGAGUGCGAAAUACAAGUAACUACUCUGACUCCUUCAGUAGCUGCAACCCGGAGUUCUCCAGAGAGCGGGCGCCGAGGGAGGAGCCCUGGGAGCACGGGCGCGGCGACCGAGGGGCUGCUGACUGGAGGCUGGAGAGUGCCAACGGGAAGGCGGCUUCUCGGAGGUCGGAGGAGAAGGAGGCUGGCGAGAUCUGACCGCCCCUCUGGGCCUGUAAAUAGUCUGUCCGGCGCUCGACGCAGCCGGAAGUUACCCUUUGUAUCUGCUGAACACAACUCUUCUUUUGUAGUUUACCAUUUCUAUUGUUUCGGAGCUAGCUGUGGGUUUCUAGAGAUGUACAGAGUUGCUCCUGUGUUCUGGGGUUAUGUCGAGUAGGAAUAAAUAAAUCUGACAGACGGCCUGCUUAC